AUGCGCCUAGCGGCCGAGCUGCUGCUGCUCCUGGGAUUGCUGCUGCUCACGCUGCACAUCACUGUGCUGCGCGGCUCCGGGGCUGCCGACCCGCGCGACGCAGCCGCGGGCAACGCUAGCCGAGCCCCGCUGCAGUGCUACACAGAAGCAGCCUCCACCACCCGCUUCUGCCACUCUUCUGACGAUGGGAAUAGCCUCAGUGUGGAAAGUGACUCUGCAGCAGAAACCAGCUUUCCUGUGUCCAAGGAAGAGCCUGGGGAGCUUCCAGAUCAUCAGGGCUCACACAGACCCUUGCCUAGGCAUCGAUUCCGGCAAGAAGCUGGGCAUCCUUUGCAAAGAGAUGGUCCCAGGUCCUUUCUCCUCGAUCUACCAAACUUUCCAGAUCUUUCCAAAGCUGAUAUCAAUGGGCAGAAUCCAAAUAUCCAGGUAACCAUAGAAGUGGUUGACGGUCCUGACUCUGAAGCAGAUAAAGACCAGCAUCCAGAGAAUAAACCCAGCUGGUCAGUUCCACCCCCCGAUUGGCGAGCCUGGUGGCAGAGGUCCCUGUCCUUGGCAAGAGUGAACAGCGGGGAUCAGGACUACAAGUAUGACAGUGCCUCAGAGGACAACAACUUCCUCCACCCGCCCAGGGCUUGGGACCGUCCAGCCCCUGGCCACCAGACGUUUGAUACCAAAGAUCAGCCAGAAUAUGAUUCCAUGGAUGGUGAGGGUGAUUGGAGUCUCUGGUCUGGCUGCAGUGUUACCUGUGGGAACGGCAACCAGAAACGGACCCGGUCUUGUGGCUAUGCAUGUACUGCGACAGAAUCGAGAACAUGUGACUAUCCAAACUGCCCAGGAAUUGAAGACACCUUUAGGACAGCAGCCACUGAAGUGAGCCUACUUGCGGGAAGUGAGGAGUUUAAUGCCACCAAACUGUUUGAAGUUGACACGGACAACUGUGAGCGAUGGAUGAGCUGCAAAAGUGAGUUCUUGAAGAAGUAUAUGCACAAGGUAAUCAAUGACCUUCCCAGCUGCCCCUGUGCCUAUCCCACCGAAGUGGCCUAUAGCACAGCAGACAUCUUUGAUCGCAUCAAGCACAAGGACUUCCGCUGGAAGGACGCCAGUGGGCCUAAGGAAAAGUUAGAGAUUUACAAACCCACAGCCCGGUACUGCAUCAGGUCCAUGCUAUCCCUAGAGAGCACCACACUGGCUGCCCAGCACUGUUGCUAUGGUGACAACAUGCAGCUUAUUACCAGGGGCAAAGGAGCUGGGACCCCUAACCUCAUCAGCACAGAGUUCUCGGCAGAGCUCCACUACAAAGUGGACGUUCUGCCCUGGAUUAUCUGCAAGGGAGACUGGAGCAGGUAUAACGAGGCUCGGCCUCCCAACAAUGGACAAAAGUGCACCGAGAGUCCUUCAGAUGAAGACUACUCCAAGCAAUUUCAAGAGGCCAGGGAGUAUUAGAGGCUGAGAAUAAGAGAGAGAGCGAGAGAGCUGGGGCGCCACCUCCGGCGUUUGUGACACAGAGGCACUGCACUGAUCUGCUCGCCAGGAGCAAAACCCUCCUUAGCUGCAUACAUGUAUAUGUGUAUAUAUUACGUGAAUAUUUUUCAUCACUACGUGAGAGGUGUGCAGCAGGCUCAGGUGACUGCCAUCUGAAGCCACACUUGCGAUCGUGACUGCCUACAGCCCUCUUGGAUAUGGUCUAUGAUCUAUGCCAGGUUGGGGGGCAGGGUGGGCAUGGCCUGGCAGAGCAGCCAGAAGAACCCGUAGAGGACAGUGGCCAGGGCUCAAUUCACACCUGACCCAGUAUUUCUGAGAGGAGUAAACGGGGAGCGAAGCUGAAGGUGCAAACAGGAUGAGCAGGUUCUAUAUAUAACUUAUUUAAUGUGAAUGUGACUUAAGCAUAACCUUUUCUAUGGAGGGGUCAUAAAAUUAUUUAAUCACUUCACAAAGAAGACAGAAAGAAAUAAGCUUAGGAAAGCGAAAGAAAAAGGGAAUUUUGUUGUGAUUUCUUUGAAAAGAAAAAGUCAAUGGAACUGUAGCAAGACCGGGAAAAAAAAGCCACUGGAAAUCAAAUGUUAUUUAGUCACAAAGCAUCUUGCUGAAGUGUUGGCCCUCCAAAACGCCCUGGCCUCUGACUGAGUGUAACCUGGAAAGAAAUGGGUAUUUUAGGGGCAAAUCUGCGGUCUGAUAACCAUAUCAAAUGAUGUUUUAAUAAAAUAGCAAUAUUUACACAAUGCGAUAAUUUUACUAAAAUCCUCAAUGUUUAAUGUUUUACAAAAGAAAAAAUCUUACUUAUUUUUAUAAAGUAUUUAUUAAAUCAUUGGAUCUUGUGCAUCAAGCAAUUGUAAUAUGACCUGGUUCUGUGGGGUGGAACUUAGGACAAAGAAAGACUUGGUUCUUAUGCAAUAUUUUACUUGCAAAACUCCAGGAAAGGAGAAUAUAUAAUAAACUCAGAAUAAAUGUG